AUGAAUGGAAAGAUCUUAAGAAAUGAAUGGGUAGACGAUAUAGAAGCGAUAGCAGAUCAACAAUUCAACUUGACGCAGAACAAAGAAAUAUGGAAGCAAUUAGAAGGGACCUACAAAGAUUUAAAUCUAUCUGUGAAUGAUUUGAUGAAUAUGGCUGCCAAGUCAAUAUUCCAACAGAACAUUGUAGCACACCCUGCAAAAUUAUCACACAGCUUUAACUGUGCUAGCGAUGUAUUCUCCAGCGAGUGUAGCGAUAUCAGCACUACAACAUCUGGAUCAACAGUGCAGUCUCCCUUCAAAUCACUUUCAGCUUUAAUUUCUAAUAGGAUUGUCAAGUAUGAACCUGCUAGAAGUAUCAGUGAGACUAAAAUACAGUUUGCUACAGAUGAUGUUAAACCUACAGAGUUACAAAUCAAGAUAAAUCCAAUAACUGAAGCCGUAAUUAUUAUGGCACCUUUAAAAAUGACCAUCGAUGUAGACAAGCCGACGAAACAUAGAGGUGGGUGGCCGAAAGGAAGGACAAGGAAACCCGAAGUUUUGAAUUUACCGCACAAAGCACCCGCAACUGGAUAUACCUUGUAUCUAAACGAACAGAGGAAAGACUUCAAUAAUAGCAACCUAGUAUUUCACGAAAUCACUUAA